AUGGAGGAAUAAUUAUACAAAAUUGUCAUAGUUGGUAAUAGUGCAGUUGGAAAGUCAUCAUUGUUAAUUCGUUUCUGCGAUGAUCAAUUCAGAGAUAUGUAUUUGAGUACUAUUGGAGUUGAUUUUCGUUUUAAAUCAUUAAGGGUUAAUGGAUAAGGAGUUAAAUUGUAGAUAUGGGAUACUGCUGGUUAGGAAAGAUUUAGAAAUAUUACCAACUCUUAUUACAAAGGAGCAUAAGGAAUUGUUGUUGUUUAUGAUAUCACAAACUUAAAGUCUUUUGAAGAUAUCCGUAAAUAUUGGAUGAAUGAACUCAAUCAUUAUGCUGAUGAAAAUGUGUUGUUGAUGCUCUUGGGAAAUAAAAAUGAUUUAGCAACUGAUGAAUCUAGAUAAGUAACUACAACUAUGGCUGAAGAAUUGGCCAAAGAAUAUAAUCUAAAAUUCUUUGAAGUAAGUGCUAAAACAAGUGAUCAAGUAUUCAUUAUUAUUAUAAGCUAGGUUGAAGCAGCAUUUCAAGCUUUUACUUAAUCAAUUUAAGAAACUGGUUUAGCAGGCAAAGUAAGAAAACCAUAACCCCAAUAAUAUUUACAAACUCCAUUACCUUAAGAAGAAAAACCCAAAAAAUAGGACAGUUGUUGCUGAUUUAUUUGUUAUAUUUAAGGACAACAAUAUAAUAUUUCUUGGAGAUAAUAUAUUCUUUAUCUGACUAUAAUCUAUUAAUCUAUAAUUUAUUUUUAAUUAUUAUUUAUUUAUCAUUUUUGUGAAUCAAUUCUAAAAAGAAUAUUUCUAAUUCAAUCGAAACUUAAUUCAUCUUAUUCUCAUAACGAAUCUUUAAUUAUAUAUUUCAUUAAUCGAUUUAAACAUUAAAUUUUUAUAAUAUUUCUAUUA